UCCGGAGGGGGGCCGCUGGCACACCCGCCGCUUCACCUCGAUCAUGCGGGACCUGGGACACAACACGGUUGACGUAGUGCGGAUGGAUUUGGAGGGUCUGGAGUGGAAAGUCCUGGAGGACAUGUUACUGGAAGGCGCGAUGUCCCGGAUUCACCAGCUACUGGUGGAGGUGCAUCUGCACUGGAGCGGCUUUCAGGUGAUGGGAUCCCCCCUGCAGGUGGUGCGAUAUUGGUACAGCCUGCUCCACCAGCUGCACAACCAAAACUACCGCCUAGUCGGCAUGUACAACCACGACCUGGUCCCAGACACGGACUCACUCAACCCCGGACACAACACUGUCAGGACUUUUAACCAGCAUUACUUCAAGGAGACAGAUGUAGAGAGGGUUGGCAGUCAAGUUGAGGUUCAAGUCAGAGAAUCCGGUCCUGGUAGACCAAAGAGGCUUUCUACUGGUAGAUUUCUACAGGACACGCGCUUGGAUGUCGGCUGUUGUCAUGUGUUAGUGUGGAUUAACACACACUGGGAGAACUCAUGAUGGGGGAGAGGGGUGUUUAGGAUCUGCUUGGAGAUUAGUACUUAGGGUUGGA